CGUCCCAAGCACCUUCGCUGCACACACUUUACAGUAACACCAGUCGCAGGUCUUUUUGACCUUCGCAAAUUUCAACUACGCUACGCUAACACUACAACAAUGGAGGAUACUCAGAAUGACAACAAAGAUGACAAUGGAAGCUCCUUGGUGGAGACCGCUGCGGAUGACGAGCCAAUGGUGGGACCGGGACCCGCUCCAGUCCGUCGCCCAAAACGCCCGCUUCAGUUUGAACAAGCCUAUCUCGAUUCUCUUCCGUCUGCUAACAUGUAUGAGAAAAGUUACAUGCAUCGGGAUGUGGUAACUCAUGUUGCUGUUUCAUCAGCUGAUUUUUUCAUCACUGGAAGUCAAGAUGGACACUUGAAAUUUUGGAAGAAAAAAGGACUUGGGAUUGAAUUUGCUAAGCAUUUCAGAUCCCACCUUGGACCCAUUGAAGGUCUUGCAGUUAGUGUAGACGGAUUGCUUUGCUGCACAAUUUCAAGUGAUAGAUCUGUGAAAAUAUAUGAUGUGCAUAACUAUGACAUGAUGGUGAUGUUACGCCUUCCAUAUACACCUGGAGCUGUUGAAUGGGUUUACAAACAAGGAGCUGUGAAAGCCAAACUUGCUAUUAGUGAUAGAAACUCUUCUUUUGUGCAUAUAUAUGAUCCACGAGCUGGAACAAAUGAUCCCAUUGUUUCCAAAGAGAUACAUUUGAAUCCUGUUAAAGUAAUGAAAUACAACCAUGCUUUUGAUACUGUGGUAUCUGGAGAUACCAUGGGGAUUAUUGAAUAUUGGGAUCCUGCUACACUUCAGUUCCCUGAAAGUGGGGUUAAUUUCAAGUUGAAAAGUGAUACUGAUUUGUUUGCGAUUGUCAAAAGUAAAACUGCUGUUUCUGCUAUUGAGGUAAGCCCAGAUGGAAAACAAUUUGCAAUCACAUCACCAGAUCGAAGAAUACGUAUAUUUUGGUAUAGAACAGGUAAACUAAGACGUGUCUAUGAUGAAUCACUUGAGAAUGCUCAAGAUCUUCAAAGAAGCGAUGUUCCUUUGUAUCGAUUAGAAGCUAUUGAUUUUGGGAGAAGAAUGGCAGUUGAAAGAGAAAUUGAAAAAACAGAAAAUGUCCCACAACCAAAUGCACUGUUUGAUGAAAGCUCUAAUUUCAUUAUUUAUCCAACUCUCCUUGGUAUUAAAAUUGUAAAUCUGCACACAAACAAAGUUUCCAGAAUUUUAGGGAAGGUGGAAAAUAAUGACAGGUUUUUAAGAAUUGCUUUGUAUCAAGGUGAUCAAAGCAGUAAAAAAGUGCGUAAAAUUCCUGCUGCUGCUGUGAAUGUGAAUGAAAGCAAAGAUCCCAUGACAGAUCCUACUUUGUUAUGCUGUGCUUUUAAGAAACACAGAAUCUAUUUGUUCAGCCGAAGAGAACCAGAGGAACCUGAUGAUGCAACCAAGGGUAGGGAUGUCUUUAAUGAAAAGCCUCCUCCUGAUGAACUUAUGGCUGCAUCUGAUAUUGGAAAGUCUGUUACAACAUCUCUUCCAGAAAAUGUGAUUAUGCACACAACACUUGGUGAUAUUCACAUGAAGUUAUACCCAGAAGAGUGUCCAAAAACAGUGGAGAAUUUCACAACACACUGUAAAAACGGAUACUAUGAUAAUCUCAUAUUUCAUCGUGUCAUCAAAGGUUUUAUGAUUCAAACUGGAGACCCUUUGGGAGAUGGGACAGGUGGCCAAUCCAUUUGGGGUAGAGAAUUUGAAGAUGAAUUCCACAAAAGUUUAAGACAUGAUAGGCCUUUCACAUUGUCAAUGGCGAAUGCGGGGCCCAACACGAAUGGGUCCCAGUUUUUUAUCACAACUGUGGCUACACCUUGGCUGGAUAAUAAGCAUACUGUUUUUGGCAGAGUUAUAAAAGGCAUGGAUGUUGUUCAGGGAAUUGAGAAAGUGAAGACAGAUAAGGGGGAUAAACCGUAUCAAGAUGUGAAAAUCUUAAAUGUCACAGUUCCAAAGUCAUGAGUCAUGACUGUAGUAAGUUGGAGCUCAUGAUCUCUGGCAUUUGACCAAAAAUUCAACUUUUAAAUCAGGUUGCCAAGAUUUUCAAUGACUGAAGAACGAUGGUGUGAUCGAUUGUGUAGAUGUGGCCUCAUCAUGUGAGGAAAGAAGUUACUUUUCAACAAUGGUUUUGUAAUUUAUGACCAAGAUAGAUAUCUCUUGAUUAACAAAAAAAAAUACUUUGAAAGAAAAAAUCAACUGAUUUCAUGGGGAUCAUGUUUGUGUUGGUAUUUGUGGUAUGUCCAUUUGUUGUAUUUUAGGAAGACAUUAUAUUAUUACUCGAGAAUCCUAUGUUGAGAAAUUGUUUUCAUGUUGUGUUGGGCUUGUAGAUCAAGAAAUCAAUGAUUAUAUGCAAUUUUUCAGUUGUUAAGAA